AUGGCUUUGUUCUGCACGUACGAGGCGACCUUUAUCUCGAUCAAGCAGCCGAAGCAAGAACCUCGAUCCAAGAGCGCGGGAGCAAAUGUGCCGCGACAACCUUGCCCUGACAGAUCCUACGUGGAGAGCUUGGAGGAGCGUGCCUCGGCCCUGGCUUUUCUGGAGUCAGAGCGGUCAGAGCAGUCAGAGGGCAGUGCCGGACACCCGGAGCUCUGCUUCAAGCCCUGCCUGUACUUGGCCUACGGUUCCGGUGCGUGUCCCAGGCGCAGUUCCUGCAGCUUCUGCCACCUGCCUCACCCAAAGCGAGCCAAGCUCAGAAGGGCGGACCGCGAGCUGCUCAGGCAGCUGGGCGAGGCGGAUCUUCUGGCAUUGGUACUCCCACACCUGCGUGCCAAGAGCCUUGGCGCAAAGAUUUUACUUCGAGUCGAGAAGAUCCCAGGCGCAGACCGCGUACUGGGCCUCAUGGAGGCUCACCUGGCAUCUCUCCCCGCCUCCAAUGCGCUGAUUGCGGGCGUGGGAAAGCUCGCUGGGCGCCUGGCAAGGCUCAGCUUCGGCCAGCUCAUGCAUCUCUCACGCGGACCUGGAGUGCCUGGAGUGCAGGCGGCCUUUGCAGCGCUGAGGUCGGAAGAGCCGGUGGUUCAGAAGUGA